ACGGCCCGUCUGGCUGGAUCCGCCCGAUUAGCAAACUCUCCUCCACUUUGCUACUUUUCACUAAUAAAGGUAUCGAGUAAAGAGCACCAUCUCUUUUUUUUUUUUAGAGCACACUCCCUCCAGUACUUUUUCAAGCCAUGCCUCUCCAGCCGUACCAGCGCGAGUUCAUCGAGUUCGCCAUUGCCAACAACGUCCUCACAUUCGGGCAGUUCACUCUCAAGAGCGGCCGGCAGUCGCCCUACUUUUUCAACGCGGGCAAGUUCAACAGCGGGUCGGUGCUGGCCAAGAUCGGUGGGUACUAUGCGUCAGCGAUCACAGCGCGCAAGGAUCUAAAGUACGACGUUAUUUUUGGCCCAGCAUACAAGGGCAUUCCGCUGUCGGCGGCGACGGUCAUUGCGCUGGCGACCGGCGAAGCAGCGCGGGACGUGCCGUACUCGUUCAACCGCAAGGAGAAGAAGGAUCAUGGCGAAGGAGGCAGCAUCGUGGGGUCGCCGCUCAAGGGCAACAUUCUGAUUAUUGACGACGUGAUUACCGCGGGCACAGCGAUCCGCGAGAGCAUCGAAAUCAUCAAGCAGGCAGGCGCGAACCCGGCUGGCAUCGUCGUCGCCAUUGACCGGCAGGAGAAGGGCAAGAACAGCGAUCUGUCGGCCAUCCAGGAGAUCCAGAACGAGUUUGGCAUUCCAGUCACCGCUGUUGUUACUCUGGACAGCGUCGUCGAGUACCUGGAGGAGAAGGGCGGCGAGCAGGCCGAGAUGCUGGAGGCCAUGCAGGAGUACCGCAACCAGUAUGGAGCAAAGUACGACUAGGGACUUUGAAUUUUUUUU